CGUCAAGGUGACGUACCUCUCGGCGGAUGGCGUCCGUCGCACGGUGAUUGCCAAUCAGACGGCGAGUCCGGUCGCGAUCCUCGCGUGCUUUGUCGGUGGCCGCGCGCCGCAGUCGGACUACCCGUCGCACGCAGGGCGUCGGAUCGUCGUCACGUACUCGAACGGGGACGAGGCCAUGAUCCUCAACUUCAUCGCGCUCCUCUCGCUCCUCGGGUAUGGCUGGCUCGCGGAAAACACCGCCAAGAACACGGAGCCGCAGCGGCGCUACAGCGUCGCGAACGCCAACAUCAGCUGCAUGGUCUGGAUGCACCACCGGACGUCGAUGAAGUUUGUGGGCUUCGUGAGCUUCCUCGCGUGGCACAUUGACGCCGCCAAGAUUCGCUGCGCGUGGGCCGCCGCGAUCGACGAGAUGGCGACCGACGCCACGUACAGCUGCAGCGUCGACAGCCUCGGGCACCUCGACGGCGUCGUUAGCCUUGCGUCCUUUGCGUGGAUCUUCUUCGCCCUUGUCUACAUGGACCUGUUGCCCGGCGUCACGAUUCAAACGCGCGGGUAUCUGGUGACGACGGUGCUUCUGGGCGCGCUCCCACUCUCGCUACUCUCAUUUCUGAUAGCCGAGCUCUGCAAGCUCCGACGGACGCUGCCCGGGUUCUCGAUGGUGCACGAAUAUCUCUUCUUGGCGCUGUCGUGGGGCGCGGUCAUGGCGCUCCUGCGCACGUCCGUGCUUUUAGCACCGACGAUAACGCUGCUGGAGGCUGCGUUGCGGGUCGUUGGCGUCCGUCGACAGGCCAUUGACCCCGAGAGCGCGUGGGCGGGUGUCAUCGGACAUAGCUACUGGGUCGACGCCAGUGGGUACCGCCCGUCGCCCGUGUCGUACGUGCCGCUGAGCCUCCUUCUGGAAACCCCGCACAUGGACGUGCGCCAUGUAAUCGACCACGCGUAUGGUGCCAACGACGUCCGGCGCCACUGCGACCACCCCGAGUGGGUCGCGUACCAAUGCGAGUACGUGGUGUUUCUGGCCCACUAA